GACGGCGUACACCAUAAGCAGGGGAUGCUUGCGAGACAGAUGGACGGGAUUUUCAAGUCUGGACAGCUGCAGAAAGGAUCCGUUGUUCAACUGAGCGAAUUUAUCUGCAACACUAUCCAAAGUCGGAGGAUCAUCAUUAUAAUCAGCCUGCAAGUUUUGGUUGAGAAGGCCGAUAUGAUUGGGGAUCCAAAAAAUUUUGAUUCUGGCAACCCUAUCCCACAAAACCGUGCUGCUGGUUCUGGACAGCCAUCUAGCAUAAACCAACCUGGUAUAUCCAUAGAAAAUGUUCAACAUCAUGGUAGUUCUCGAGCAAAUGGUCCUGAUGCUGGCCAACAUGCCAUUUCAGAUGCUUCAUUUCCCAGACAAGAGUCAGCUGUAAACAAUCAAUCUUAUGGUGGCUCCUUUGCAGGCGGUUCUAUUCCAAUGAGGAACAUGAAUAACACAAAUUCCUUGCACCCUAAAGCUGAAUCUGCUUCUAUGUGUUUUGCAGAAUCAAACCAAAUUGCUAGUAUGCAGCAAAAGAGGUUCUCAGGUCCAUCAAAUGAAGGAUUUCAACCUCCUGGUAGGGUUACGUAUCAGCAUCCUCCUCCUAUGUAUACUAAUAGAAGUCCUAUUUCUAAGAACGAAGCCCCAACUAGAAUAAUUCCCAUUGCCGCAUUGAAUCCUUACCAAGGAAAGUUGACGAUCAAAGCUCGGGUGACAGCUAAGGCAGACAUCAGGCACUACAACAAUGCAAGGGUUGAAGGAAAAGUGUUUUCUUUUGAUCUCCUUGAAAGCUCGGGUGACAGCUAAGGCAGACAUCAGGCACUACAACAUUGCAAGGGGUGAAGGAAAAGUGUUUUCUUUUGAUCUCAUUGACUCCGACGGUGGAGAAAUUCAACGCGGUAGCCGGCCAGUUCUAUUUUAUCAGAUAGAGGUAGGACUAAUUUAUUUGAUUUCCAAAGGUACCUUGAGACCAAUUCAAAAGAGUUUCAACCAUCUCAAUAAUGAAUAUGAAAUCAUGUUGGAGUCCGCUUCAACAAUCCAGCCUUGCUUAGGCAUGUCCAUCCCAAGGCAGCAAUUCAGCUUUAGAGCCAUUGGAGAAAUCGAGUCUAUGGAAAAUAAUAGUAUGGUUGAUGUGAUCGGUACAGUCACUUUUAAUCCUGCUGGUACAAUAAUGAGAAAGAAUGGUACUGAAACUCACAAGAGAACCCUUCAGUUGAAGGACAUGUCUGGAAAGAGGGUUGAAAUAACUCUGAAUUUUUGCAACACAGAAGGGCAGAAGAUUCAAGCUAUGUGCGACUCUGGCGUAUUUCCUGUAUUGGCUAUAAAAGCAGGCCGAGUCAGCGAUUUUAGCGGAAAGUCAAUCGGAACCAUUUCCUCUAGCCAGCUUCUUAUAGAUCCUGAUAUCCCCGAGGCAUUCCAGUUAAAGCAAUGGUAUGAUAAUGAGGGAAAGAAUCAUACCGCUCUUUCUAUAUCCAGGGAAGCUGCAGUAACUGGAAGGAUGGAUGUGCGAAAGACAGUUUCACAGAUUAAGGAUGAAGGUCUUGGAAGAUCUGAGAAGCCUGACUGGAUAACUGUGAAGGCCACAGUAUCAUUCAUCAAGGUUGAUAAUUUCUGCUAUACAGCAUGCCCUUUGGUCGUGAGUGAUAGACAGUAGCAAAAGGUCAAUAACUAUAGUGAUGGGACAUGGCAUUGUGAUCGAUGUGAUCAGAGUUUUCCGGAAUGUGACUAUAGAUACCUACUCCAGUUUCAGAUCCAGGACCACAUUGGUAUUACGUGGGUCAUUGCUUUCCAAGAAUGUGGUGAACAAAUUCUUGGUAUAUCUGCGAAGGAACUGUACUUUCUAAAGUAUGAACAACAGGAUGAGCUGAAGUUUGCUGAAAUUGUGAGGAGGGUUCUCUUCAGUCAAUAUUUAUUCAAAUUGAAGGUAAAAGAAGAAACAUUUAGUGAUGAACAACGAGUGAAGUCGGCUGCCAUUAAAGCAGAAAGAGUGAAUUCUGCAUCAGAGAGCAGAUUUCUUUUGGGUAUAAUUGAGAAACUUUCUGGGGAAGAUGCUCAUGCGGCCCCAUUUCCAUCCAUGCAUGGAUCCUAUGCUUCUGGAGCUGCAAUGCCUGCUUCUGAAUAUUCUUAUGCUGAACUUAAUCCCGGUAGACAAUCUAUGACUUGUUUUGAUCGUUAUAAAAUGGAGACUACCAGCCAAUAUAUGAGUAGAAAAGUCUUAUCUUUCUGUAAUAACUGUGGUUUGUCUGGCCACAAUUUCCAGAACUGUCCCAGGAGCUUGAACAGGGAAGCACAGUCCAUCGGUGGCAGCGGGGGCUUCCCAAACUGGUCUUCCAUCUCCACAAUGGAUGGUGGAAAUUCUUCAAAUGUGUGUUUUAAAUGCAAACAAACUGGCCACUGGGCUAGAGAUUGUCCUGGACAGGGCACCAUAUCUUCAGGUUUUGGGGGCAGAAACAUAUCUUCUUCAUCUGUUGGAGGGCCUCAUUCACAAGGAAUAUAUGGCGAACAAUAUGUUGGAGGCUUAUAACAUGCAAACCGGUGCGUGUAAUUGCUUGCAAUUAUCUCGAUAGAAGCUGGAUUGGUUUCAUUUGGCGAAGCUCUGGUGACCACUACUGAACCUCGUUUGGCUCAAUUUUCAAAAGUGUCUGUAGCUCUUAUGUUUUACCAUAUUUGAUACAUAUUUUUCUUGAUUUCAUAUUUU